UCUGCGACUGGCUCUUCUGAACGAGGCGAAGGAGGUGCGUGCGGCGGGGCUGCGGGCGCUGCGUUACCUCAUCAGAGACACCAGCGUGCUGCAGAAGGUCCUCCGGCUGCAGGUGGACUAUCUCAUCGCCAGAUGCAUCGACAUCCAGCAGAGCAACGAGGGCGAGAGGACUCAGGCGCUCAGGCUCGUCAGAAAGAUUAUCACCGUCAACGCCAUGCUGUUCCCCUCCUCUGUUGCUAACUCCCUCAUCGCCGUGGGAACGGAUGGACUUCAGGAGAGAGACCGCAUGGUCCGCGCAGCCAUCGCCAUCGUAUGUGAGCUCG